ACAUGAGAUACAGCUGGAUUCACUGCUCAUGGUCAUUACUCAAGAGUCUCUCUAGCCUCAAAGUAAGUAAGGUUGAAAUCUGUUCCCUCUACUCUCCCUUGUUUUAUGUAAAUAUUGUUGCUGAUCUCCAGAAUUUUCGAUUGUACCAUACCUAUACAUAUAAAACUCAAGCUCUUGAGAAUUAAGUUCAUCCUGACCACUCUGGGUGACCAGGCAGUUAAAAUGUUUUAGAACAAUCUUGUUACUGGAUUGACUGAUUCAUAGUUUUUCUCUAUAUUAAUUAUCAGGGGUGGUUUUUUUUCCCCUCUCCUUUUUGUAUUGAAAAUAUUUUCGCACCCAUAAAGACUUGCUGAGAUAUCAUUCUAGAAUCUCCAACAUUUAUUGUAGUUGUUAUAGUAACUGUGGAACCCAAGUGUUUUCAGAGCAUUGUUCAGCUUUCCAUAUCCCGACAGAAAAGACCAGAGGGAAGGUGAACCCAGAGCCCGGGUUGUGGGAGUGAGGCUCCAAUUUCCUAAAUCAUUUGUGAUUAUAAACAUGGAUUUCCACCUUGCCUGGCACCCAAGUCUACAGCUUUUCUGAAAUCUGCUAUACGAGAGAGUAAAGGGCAGGCUAGGGGAACCCAACAAUAGCUGGAGGAGGGUUUUUAUUACCUGGAGGAUAGCACUGAAGCACUGACAUGCCACCGUCCCUCUUCAGCUCUGCUGUGAUCAAAGGCUCCUAGGAAAGUCGUAAGAAAGAGCAGAUGCGUGUAGGGGAAGAAAGUUGUAUAGUCGAAAAACAGGGUUAUUCCUCUUGAGUCCGGCAGAGAACUGUAUUCAGAGGAGAGCUCUGUGCCAUUGACAAGAGUGCGAAAGAGGAAGCCUACAUGACUUUGAGACUUGUGACCUGACCUGCCUCUGUCCAGCCAGCCAAAUUGAGUGGGGUCAGAGUUAGCUGCCUUCAUCUAUGGAGUCACAAAGGGUUAUGCAUCUUCUCCUCUCCUACACCCUCAUGAGCAGUCCAGGUGGCUUAAGAUCAAGAAGGGAGGACAUGGAUGUGGACCAUCCCUCUGAGCAGCCCUAAGAGAGGGCCAUGCACACUGCCCUUUUGUCAGAGCCCUAGAGAAUAAGAGAAGCUCACUGCUGGUGAGAAGCGGGUAUGGCCAGGAUUCCUGGAGUCGGAAGAUCGUCAGCUUCACCAUCUUUGGAGAAUAAGGAAGAACAUGAAAGAGAUGUGGCCCUUAAACACCAGGAUCCUAAGAGAGGACACGCCGAGGAGCAGCCCUCCAGCCUUGACCCGAGCAUGCAGGCCCCACCCCACAGCCUCCCAGCUGGGCUCAGCCUGGAUGACUUCAUCCCGGGCCACCUCCUGGCCCACGUAGGGUCAUCCGCCCGGGGGACACGGGUGCCCGUGAUCCGGAACGGUGGUUCCAACACCCUUAAUUUCCAGUUCCAUGACCCUGCGCCCAGGACCGUGUGCAAUGGGUAUUUGCCACCGAGGAGGGAUGCUUCCAGACAGCCAGACCCUGCUUGGUAUCAGACCUGGCCGGGCCCUGGGAGCCGGCCCCCUGGGAACCAGAAGACCCCUGCCUCCCAGCAUUCCCAGAAGUGGUCAGCCACAUGGACCAAGGACAGCAAACGGCGGGACAAGCGCUGGGUCAAGUAUGAGGGCAUCGGACCCGUGGAUGAGAGCGGCAUGCCAAUUGCUCCCCGAUCUAGUGUUGACAGCCCCAGGGACUGGUACCGAAAAAUGUUCAAGCAGAUCCACCGGAAAAUGCCAGACCUACAGCUGGACUGGACCUUCGAGGAGUCACCCAAAGUGGAUUCUUCCUGUGCCACCUCUGCAGACGCAAGGCAUCCAGGGCCUCAGCAAAGACCACCUGCCAGGCCAAACCAGACGUCACCUCUGAGCGGAAGAAGCUGGGAUGUCUCUGAAGAGUCUCUUAGAAGCACCUUCAGUUGCAGUCCUGGAGCACCCUCCUCCCUGCACCAGACCGCGAAGCAGGUGCUCAGACGCCGAGAGAAAGCGGACAGUGUCUGGACGGAAGAAUCCUGGAACCAGUUUCUGCAAGAACUAGAGACUGGGCAGAAGCCCAAGAAACCACUGGUAGACGACCCUGUUGAGAAGCCCUCCCAGCCCAUUGAGGUCCUGCUGGAGAGAGAGCUGGCCAAGCUGAGCGCCGAGCUGGACAAGGACCUGCGGGCAAUCGAGACUGCGCAGCCGUCCUCCAAGAGCUCUCAGGCGCCCCGACGGUCCCGGGAACCGCGGCCCCCAGCGCGCCCGGCCUCCGCCUGGAGCUCCAGCUCCCCGAAUGCACUUUACCCGGCUUCCUCCCUGAGCCCCCACAGGAUGGCGGAUGGAGGAAGCCCCUUCCUAGGUCGGAGGGACUUUGUCUACCCUUCCUCAGCUCGAGACCCUAGUGCCUCUGAUCCAGGGGGCAGCCCUGCCAGGAAGGAAGAGAAGAAGAGGAAGGCCGCCCGGCUCAAGUUUGACUUCCAGGCCCAGUCCCCUAAGGAGCUGACUCUGAAGAAGGGUGACAUUGUCUACAUCCACAAGGAGGUGGACAAGAACUGGCUGGAGGGAGAGCACCAUGGCCGCCUGGGCAUCUUCCCCGCUAAUUACGUGGAGGUGCUGCCAGCAGAUGAGAUUCCCAAGCCCAUCAAGCCUCCGACCUACCAGGUGUUGGAGUACGGAGAAGCUGUGGCCCAGUACAACUUCAAGGGGGACCUGGAGGUGGAGCUUUCCUUCAGAAAAGGGGAGCGCGUCUGCCUGAUCCGCAAGGUGAACGAGCACUGGUACGAGGGCCGCGUCUCGGGCACCGCACGCCAGGGCAUCCUCCCUGCCAGCUAUGUGCAGGUGACCCGGGAGCCCCGGGUCCGGCUCUGUGAUGACGGCCUCCAGCUCCCUGCGUCUCCUCCCCGCCUGCCCACCGCCCGCCCGGCCCGUCACCCCAGUUCUCCCUUAACGCCGCACAGCCCAGCUGACCCCACCGACUGGGGAGGCCAGACCUCCCCCCGCCGCACUGGCUUCUCCUUCCCUCCCCAGGAGCCCAGACCUCAGACCCAGAGUCUCAGCACCCCCGGCUCAGCUCUGUCCCAUCCUGGAGGCUCCAGCCAUCCCCAGGACCUGGGGACCUCAUCCUCCACCACCACCGAGAUACACUGGACCCCGUACCGGGCGAUGUACCAGUACAGACCCCAGAAUGAGGACGAGCUGGAACUGCGGGAGGGGGACCGAGUGGACGUUAUGCAGCAGUGUGACGACGGCUGGUUUGUGGGUGUCUCCAGGAGGACCCAGAAAUUUGGGACAUUCCCUGGAAAUUAUGUAGCCCCGGUGUGAGUGGUCUCCGUGGCAACUCAGAGCCCACCCAGGAUGGGGUGGGGAACAGAGCACUUAUGGGAGGGAGCGAGGACCCCCCCUUCACACACCCCUCACCCCGGACCUGAGCUGCUGGCAUCUGCAGACUAGCCCAGCAGUCUUUCCUACAGAACCUCCCUUGAAGCCCCCUGGACUGAUUCCCACCCACGACUCACAAGCAUUCCUCUAACAGCCCUUUUAUUUCCUCCCCUUCCCCACUCCCCAAAUAUAGAGGUCUGCUUUGAAGUGGAGCCUGUUUCAGGCCUUAUUGAGACCAGACCCCCAAGUCCUCCACCCUGCUACGGCGUUUCCUCUUAACAGGGGCCGGCUCCCAGCUUUACCCCCAUGGGGUUCCUCUAACAAGAACCAGCUUCCUAACCUAAUAGAGACCAAAGGCCGCCUGCGCCUGGAGGGCUUUCUCCCUUGUCACUGCAGCUUGCUUGCCAUCCUCUCUGCCUCCCUGCCUCCAGCUGGGCCUGGGAGUGUGGUGGGGGAUGGACAUGGCUCUUCCUUAGCAUUCGCUGCCUGGCAAGAGGUCUUGCCUGAACGCUCCCUCUGCCCAAAGGCUGCCAAACCCUGUGCCUGGGCCGUGCUUAUCAUUCCGGCUGCCUUGGUGCCCAGGAAGAGCGGGGCUUCCGAGGACUGGCCUGUCCCAGAUGUAUUCCAGGGAGACGGGUAUGUGCUGUCCUCCUGCCAGCCCAGCGGCCCCCAAGUCCCCCCUGGAAGCAGAGAAUGUAAAAUAAAUCUGGGUACCAGGGA